AUGGUGCUUUCUCAAAAGCUUCAUGAAGCGUUUAAAGGUACAGUGGAGAGAAUCACAGGUCCUCGUACGAUCUCGGCGUYCAAGGAGAAAGGAGUACUCAGCGUCAGCGAGUUCGUACUCGCAGGCGAUAAUCUUGUUUCCAAGUGUCCCACCUGGUCCUGGGAAUCUGGUGACCCAAGCAAAAGGAAGCCAUACUUGCCCUCGGACAAACAGUUUUUGAUUACUAGAAAUGUACCUUGUUUACGGAGAGCUGCAUCUGUGGCUGAGGAAUAUGAAGCUGCUGGAGGUGAAGUGCUGGUUGAUGAUGAAGAUAAUGAUGGUUGGUUGGCGACACACGGGAAACCGAAAGAUAAAGGCAAGGAAGAUGAAAACUUGCCAUCCAUGGAUGCCUUGGAAAUAAACGAGAAAAAUGCUAUCCAAUCAAUACCCACAUAUUUUGGAGGUGAGGAAGAGGAAGAUAUUCCGGACAUGGAAGAGUUUGAUGAGGCUGACAAUGUGGUAGAAAAUGAUCCGGCAACGCUUCAGUCAACUUAUCUUGUGGCUCAUGAACCUGAUGACGAUAACAUUCUCCGAACUCGGACAUAUGAUGUCACCAUAACGUAUGAUAAGUAUUACCAAACUCCUCGUGUUUGGCUGACAGGUUAUGAUGAGUCAAGGAUGCUGCUGCAACCCGAACUUGUAAUGGAGGAUGUUAGCCAAGACCAUGCUCGUAAAACGGUCACAAUUGAAGAUCAUCCACACUUGCCUGGGAAACAUGCUUCGGUCCAUCCAUGUCGACAUGGAGCUGUUAUGAAGAAAAUCAUUGAUGUAUUAACGUCACGCGGAGUAGAGCCUGAAGUGGACAAGUACCUCUUCCUGUUCUUGAAGUUCAUGGCAUCAGUAAUUCCAACAAUCGAGUAUGAUUACACAAUGGACUUUGAUCUCGGUAGCUCAAGCACCCAAUACGAGGUGAGAUCUCCUUCCCACUGUCUAUGA